GUGUGUUUUCACCUGUAGGGCUGGACAUAUACAGUACAAGCCCAUCCCUGUACAACACACAUUGAGUAAAUCCAGAGGCCAGAGGAUUUCUCAUAAUUCAUUAAUACAUUACUGACGAGAACAAUACAUCUGCCUGGGACCGACAGAUAAUUAAAGAAUUGAGAUUUCUUCUCACAAUCCAGCAGAAUGGCUGAUACAAAAAAUGUGUUUAAAAGCGUUCUACGAAAACCUGGUCUACAGCUCUGGACCAUCAAUAAAUUGCAAAUGACCCCUGUCCCAGAGCAAGCGUAUGGAAAUUUCUUUGAGGGUGACUGCUACAUUAUUAUUUAUGUGAGCAACGACACCACACAAUCCACUAACAUCCACUAUUGGAUAGGCAACAGUUCCUCUCAGGAUGAGCAGGGGGCAGCAGCCAUCUAUGUGUCCCAACUGGACGGGUAUCUCGGUGGCUCUCCUGUCCAGUACCGAGAGGUUCAGGGAUCUGAAUCACCGAAAUUCAAAAGCUACUUCAAGAAUGGCCUCAUUUACAAAAAAGGUGGUGUUGGAUCAGGGUUCACGCAUGUGGACACCAACGUGUAUAGCAUUCAGCGUCUGCUCCACGUCAAGGGGACGAAACAUGUCACUGCCAAAGAGGUGGAGGUGUCAUGGAGCAGUUUUAAUUUGGGUGACAUAUUCUUACUGGACAUUGGAAAAGCAAUAAUACAGUGGAAUGGUCCUCAAAGCAACAGACAAGAAAAAUUAAAAGCUGUUCUGUUGGCUCAAGACAUCAGGGACAGAGAGCGCGGAGGUCGGGCUCAGAUUGGUAUUAUUGAGGGUGGGCAAGAAGACGCUUCUCCUGAGCUCAUGAAGGUUAUGGUGUCUGUUUUGGGUCAGAAGAGCAUUCAUCUUAAAGAGGCCAUACCUGAUGACAAACCAGACCAAUACCAGAACUCAAAUGUCAAACUGUACCAUGUUUCAGAUGCCAGCGGUCAGCUCAUGGUGCAAGAAGUGGCUGCCAAUCCACUGACCCAGGAUCUGCUAACCUCCUCUGAUUGCUUUAUAUUGGAUCAGGGUGGCAGUUCAAUAAUGGUCUGGAAGGGAAAGAACGCAUCAGAGGAAGAGAGACGUUCGGCUAUGAGUCGGGCAGUUGGUUUUAUUAAAGCAAAAAACUACCCACCGAACACUAAGGUGGAAGUUAUGAGUGACGGUGGAGAGUCUGCUAUGUUCAAACAACUCUUCAAGUCCUGGAAAGAAACGGGUCAAACUCAAGGCAUGGGAAAAACCCACUCGGUGGGCAGGAUAGCUAAAGUGGAUCAGGUGAAGUUUGAUGUCAUGGAGCUCCACGCUCAGCCAAAACUGGCAGCUCAGGAGAGGAUGGUGGAUGACGCUUCAGGUGAAGUUCAGAUCUGGCGGAUUGAACAGCUUGAACUGAAAGAAGUCAGCCGGAAAACUUACGGACAGUUCUAUGGAGGCGAUUGUUACCUGGUCCUGUACACCUACAAUAGAGCUAAUAAACCCCAGUACAUUCUCUACAUGUGGCAGGGCCGUCAUGCAACACAGGAUGAAGUGACAGCGUGUGCAUAUCAGGCAGUGAAUCUGGAUAACAAAUACAAUGGAGCCCCUACACAGGUCAGGGUGGUUAUGGGAAAAGAGCCCAAGCACUUUCUGGCCAUCUUUAAAGGAAAACUCAUCAUCUAUGAGGGCGGGACGGGACGACCAGGUGUGGUGAACCCUAACCCUGGUGCCAGGCUCUUUCAGGUCAGAGGGACACAUGAAAUGAACACAAAAGCGACAGAGGUGCCAGCCCGAGCCUCUUCUCUGAACACCAAUGAUGUCUUUCUGCUCAAAACUGAUGCAGUUAUUUUCCUGUGGUAUGGCAAGGGUUGCAAUGGUGAUGAGAGGGAGAUGGGGAAAACCGUAGCUGAACUGCUUUCUCAGCAGGAAAAGCAGAUAGUGAUGGAAGGGCAGGAACCAGCUGCUUUCUGGGUGGCUUUGGGAGGAAAAGGUCCCUAUGCCAGUGACAAGAGACUGGAAAAAGACGACGCACUUCACACUCCACGCCUGUUCGAGUGCUCCAAUCAGACGGGACGAUUCCUCAUGACGGAAGUGGCUGACUUCACACAGGACGACCUGGAUGAAGAUGAUGUCAUGCUGUUAGACACCUGGGAGGAGAUUUUCCUCUGGAUUGGCAACUCGUCCAACCAGUAUGAGACUCAGGAAGCAAACAACAGUGCAGUGGAAUAUCUUAAAACCCACCCUGCAGGUCGAGACCCCGGGACCCCGAUUAUCUCCGUUAAACAGGGCUAUGAGCCACCCACCUUCACAGGCUGGUUUAAUGCUUGGGAUCCUCACAAGUGGAGCGGUGGCCUUUCAUACGAGGAGAUGAAAAGCCAGCUGGGUGAUGUUUCACAAAUCACUGUGAGUGUUAACAACAUAGACCUGAAUAAGAAGUCAGGAGGAGGUGCGGGGAGCUACAGCGCUCCUGGAGGCCCAGGAAAUAUAAAGCCCAUUAACCAGAAGACACAGUCAUCCAGCUCCAGUGCACUUAAUAAUGGAAAGCUUUCUGGUCCAGUGAACUCUGAGCAAAUAGUUAAUAAAACCCCUGGUCAACUUCCUCCAGGAGUGGACCCUGACAAACGAGAGGUCUAUUUGUCUGAUGCAGAGUUUGAGAGUCUCCUCGGCUGUACACGUAACGAUUUUCAACGACUGCCUAAAUGGCGCCAGAAUGAUCUUAAAAAGAAGGCAGGACUGUUUUGAGAACGAUGUUACUUUUGUUGACCAAAUCUGAUAUUCACAACUGUUUGUUGGACACUUUGGGUAACAUGGGAAAGACUGGGAAACUGUCACUUAUAUGAGAAUUUCAUUUCCCAGGUUUUGAAGUGCCUUCAUAAAUAUAUUUCUCCUUCUUUCAAAAGCUGAGGUUUAAACAAUGAUAUGCCAUAAUAGAAAUGUUUUGUAAAUAUCUUCUUUAUAUUUAAAUAAGAACCCUGAUCCUUAAUACGAUAAUAAAAUUAUGAAUUAUGA